UUGACAAUUAAGGAACACGUGGGUAGAUUUUGAUUUAUUGUGAUAAGAUUAGUGGAAUGAUUUCUGUCAAAUUCGUCCUUGUUAUAAUCGUGUUUGUUAUUAUUUAUUGCGAAGGAAAAAAAGGUGAUAAAGAAUCCAUUCCCGUAGUAUUUGUUAUCCUGAGUCAGUCCAAUUCAUAUCACAAACAGCUUGCAGAUCAAGCAAAAGAUAGAAUUAUUAAACAAUCGUUAAAUUUGGGUUGGGAUGUCCCCAAUGUAUAUUUAACUGACGAAGAAUGGCCGGAAGUAAUAGGUUCAUGGACAAUAUUUCCUCUAUUAAAUAAAAUUUCAAAAAAAUGGAACAAACAUGCUUCUCAUGAUUUUUCAAUUGAUGCAAAACAUGAGGAUCACUUUUUAGGACAUGCUCUGAGAGAUAGAGAAGCAACUAUAAUUCAUCAUUUUGCAUUUUCAGAAGAUCCUUCAUCAUUUUCUUAUCCUGAAUUUUCAGCUGGCAUCAUAUUAAGCAAGUCAUUAUUUGCCAAAUUUAUGUGGAAUGAUGAAAUCAAUAUUAGUUUACAAAACAUUCCUGAAUUCUGUUUAUCAAGAUUAUCUGAAAAAUGUGUAACAUGGAUCACUGAAUCAACUCCACUAUGUGAAUAUGAAGUGAAUAGAGAUGAUGUUUGCUUUUUUGUAAAAACUUGUGAAAAAUUUCAUGCAGAUAGAGGUUUCUCAGUUAAUUCCAUCAGAGAAGACAUUGGAGAAGUACCUGACGAUGAACGACUAUUGGAACGUUGUCGAGUGUUACUAACAGUAAAACGUCUUAAUUUACUUGAAGAUAAAUCUUUGAAUUUCAGGAUGGUAUUCAGUGUUGAAACUGUUAAACAACUUGGAACUUGUCAAUGUCCUUCCAAGGAUUCUCCGGAUGAUAUGAUUUUAGGAAUUUGUUUGAAAAAGUUUGGGAUUCCAAUAACACACUCAAAAUUAUUUCAUCAGGCUAGGCCAAUGGAUUAUGCACCAGAAUAUCAUCAUCAUCCACCAAUAAGUUUUCACAAACACUGGAUGAUAGAUCCCGAACAAGUCUACCAAGAAUGGUUGGCCGAUAGUGAUAUUCAGAGAGAUGAUGCUGCUCAUUCUGAGCUUUAAGCUCAAAAACAUUUGUGAUUUAGAAUAAUGUGCUAAAAUGUGCAUUUAAAAUAAAUUAAAAAAAUUUUUCUAAACAAAA